CUGCCUUCUGCUACCCAGUGGCGGUGCGGAGCCCGGGUGGGAAAGUUUCUGGAGUUGUCAGGCGCGCAGCCCGCCGCCACCUAGAGUCCGGGGUGCGGGCGCCUGCGAGGGGCCCCCGCAGAGUCGCCGGGGCUGCGGGGGCAUGUGACGCGGGGGCGCGGCUCGGUGACGCAGCAGGCGGGGACCCGGCGCCGGGGGCCGAGCGCGCGCUGGUGCGGGGCGAGGGUACCCCAGCCCCGGGACGCACGGCCCGCGUGCGGGACGCAGCCAUGGAGGACGCGGGAGCAGCCGGCCCGGGACCGGAGCCGCAGCCCGCGCCAGAGCCCGAGACAGCCGCCAGCAUGUCGGAGGCGUUCUCCCGGCUCUGGGCCGAUGUGAUGGGCAUCCUGGACGGUUCGCUGGGCAACAUCGAUGACCUGGCGCAGCAGUAUGCGGACUAUUACAACACCUGCUUCUCCGACGUGUGCGAGAGGAUGGAGGAGCUGCGGAAGCGGCGGGUUUCCCAGGACCUGGACGUGGAGAAACCCGAUGCCAGCCCCACGUCACUUCAGCUGCGGUCCCAGAUCGAAGAGUCGCUGGGUUUCUGUAGUGCCGUCUCAACACCAGAAGUGGAAAGAAAGAACCCUCUUCAUAAGUCAAACUCGGAAGACGGCUCUGUAGGAAAAGUAGAUUGGAAGAAGAAAAAUAAGUAUUUCUGGCAGAACUUCCGAAAGAACCAGAAAGGAAUAAUGAGGCAGACUUCAAAAGGAGAAGAUGUGGGCUAUGUGGCAAGCGAGAUAACAAUGAGUGAUGAGGAACGGAUUCAGCUGAUGAUGAUGGUCAAGGAGAAGAUGAUCACCAUCGAAGAGGCACUUGCUAGGCUCAAGGAGUAUGAGGCCCAGCACCGGCAGUCAGCGGCGUUGGACCCUGCCGACUGGCCAGACGGUUCUUACCCCACAUUCGAUGGCUCGUCAAACUGCAAUUCAAGAGAACAAUCGGAUGAUGAGACCGAGGAGUCCGUGAAGUUUAAGAGGUUACACAAGCUGGUAAAUUCUACUCGCAGAGUGAGAAAGAAACUAAUCAGGGUGGAAGACAUGAAAAAGCCCAGCACUGAAGGCGGGGAAGAGCCCAUGUUUGAAAAUUCCCCUGUCCUGGAUGAAAGGUCUGCCCUUUACUCCGGAGUGCACAAGAAGCCCUUUUUCUUUGACGGCUCUCCUGAGAAACCUCCAGAAGAUGAUUCAGACUCUCUCACCACUUCUCCAUCAUCUAGCAGCCUGGAUACCUGGGGAGCUGGCCGGAAGCUGGUCAAAACCUUCAGCAAAGGAGAGAGUCGGGGCCUCAUUAAGCCCCCCAAGAAGAUGGGGACAUUUUUCUCCUAUCCAGAGGAAGAAAAGGCCCAGAAGGUUUCCCGCUCCCUGACUGAGGGAGAGAUGAAGAAGGGUCUCGGGUCCCUGAGCCACGGGAGAACCUGCAGUUUCGGAGGAUUUGACUUGACAAAUCGUUCUCUGCACAUUGGCAGUGAUAACUCUGACCCAGUGGGUAAAGAAGGAGAUUUUGUGUACAAGGAAGUAAUCAAAUCACCCACUGCCUCCCGCAUAUCUCUCGGAAAAAAGGUGAAAUCAGUGAAGGAGACAAUGAGGAAGAGAAUGUCUAAAAAAUACAGCAGCUCUGUCUCUGAGCAGGACUCGUGCCUUGAAGGAAUGCCUGGCUCCGCCCCAUCUUCCCAGCCUGACAGUGAACACGUGGACAAGCCCAAGCUCAAAGCCGGAGGUUCUGUAGAGAGUCUGCGGAGUUCGCUGAGCGGACAGAGCUCCAUGAGUGGUCAGACAGUCAGCACCACCGAUUCCUCGACCAGCAACAGGGAGAGCGUCAAGUCGGAAGACGGUGAUGACGAGGAGCCGCCCUACCGGGGCCCCUUCUGCGGGCGCGCCCGAGUGCACACCGACUUCACGCCCAGUCCCUACGACACAGAUUCGCUCAAGCUCAAGAAAGGAGACAUCAUUGACAUAAUCAGCAAGCCCCCCAUGGGCACCUGGAUGGGCCUGUUGAACAACAAGGUGGGCACUUUCAAGUUCAUCUAUGUGGAUGUGCUGAACGAGGAAGAGGAGAAGCCCAAGCGCCCCACCAGGAGGAGGAGAAAAGGAAGACCCCCCCAGCCCAAGUCCGUGGAGGAUCUCCUUGAUCGGAUUAACCUGAAAGAGCACAUGCCCACAUUCCUGUUCAAUGGAUAUGAAGAUCUGGACACCUUUAAGCUUCUGGAGGAGGAGGACUUGGAUGAGUUAAAUAUCAGGGACCCAGAACACAGAGCUGUUCUCUUGACAGCAGUGGAGCUGUUACAGGAAUAUGACAGUAACAGCGACCAGUCGGGGUCCCAGGAGAAGCUGCUUGCCGACAGCCAGGGCCUGAGUGGCUGCUCUCCACGGGACUCAGGAUGCUAUGAAAGCAGUGAGAACCUGGAAAACGGCAAGACUCGGAAAACUGGCCUUCUCUCUGCCAAGUCAUCGACCGAGUCCAGCUUGAAGUCUUUCACCAGGAACCAGCUGGGCAACUACCCAACCUUGCCUCUGCCGAAGCCGGUGGACGCGCUGAAGCAGGGGGACGGGAGCAGGCUGGGCGCUGGUCUCGCCCCUCACACUUCCAAGCGCUGUGACCAGCCAUGUGCGACCGGCUUGAAUAAAAACCGGAGAAGCCUCCCCGUUUCCAUCUGUCGGAGCUGUGAGACCCUGGAGGGCCCCCAGCCUGUGGAAACUUGGCCCCGAUCCCAUUCCCUGGACGACCUCCAAGGAGAGCCUGACGCCGAAAAAGAUGUGCCUAGUGCGGUGACAGAACCCUCCCCUCAGAUUGCACCAGAAGUGCCACAAAAGACAGCCCCCGCCAUCACAAAGGUCCACAGCCCCAAACAAGAUUCCGCCAUUGACAAUGCAUUGCUACUGACCCAAAGUAAGAGAUUUUCUGAUCCUCAGAAAACGACUACUAAGAAACUGGGCGGCUCGAUAGCAGCCUCUUCACGUGGCACGUCACCUCCUCCGUGUUUGCCCAAAAACUAUGAUGCUCAGCCUCCUGGAGUUAGACACAGUUUAACAAGGACUCCUCUUGAGGGUCACAGAAAAGGACUCGAGUUUGAAGGAGCACAUCAUGCCCCGGGCACCAAAGAAGGUGAGCAGAGGGGCCCCGAGGCCAGAGCGCAAUCCAGACAUCCUGCCCAGCCGCCACCUGUCCCUGCAAAGAAGAGCAGAGAGCGCCUGGCCAACGGCCUCCACGCUGGCCCUCCGGGUCCCGAUGCCCCCUGCCUGCCACUGAAGAAGGGUGGCCCCAGCGGCCCCAGCGACUGUCACUCACCUCAGGCUUCUAGGCCUCCCUCGCGGCAGGAGCCUGGCAGCCCACCAAGCACGCGGCCACCGCCCUGGCUGUCAGAGCUGCCGGAGAACACGAGCCUCCAGGAGCACGGCGUGAAGCUGGGCCCGGCCUUGAGCAGGAAGAUCUCCUGCACUCGGGGAGUCGACCUGGAAAUGCUCACUGAAGACAAGUUACGAGCCGAAGGCAUCGAUCUCACAGAGGAACCGUAUUCUGAUAAGCACGGCCGCUGUGGGAUUCCUGAGGCCCUGGUACAGAGGUACGCAGAGGACUUGGGUCAGCCCGAGAGGGACGUCGCCACCAACAUGGACCAGAUCCGCGUGAAGCUGCUCCGGAAGCAGCACCGCAUGGCGAUCCCGAGUGGUGGACUCACAGAAAUCUGCAGGAAGCCCUUCUCUCCCGGGUGUGUUUCGUCCGUGUCGGAUUGGCUGAUUUCCAUCGGUCUCCCCAUGUACACCAACACCCUCACCGAGGCGGGGUUCAGCACACUGGGCCAAGUGCCUUCUCUGUCCCACACUUGCCUUCAGGAGGCCGGCAUCACAGAGGAGAGACACAUAAGCAAGCUCGUGUCUGCAGCCAGACUCUUCAAACUGCCGCCAGGCCCCGAGGCCAUGUAGCUGGGCCUUUCACGGACCUCCCUGGACCAGAGCCACCCUCUUUCACUGUGCUUAUGAUGCUGAUUCAAUUCCCCCCUCACUGGACGUGCAGACCAGAUCCAGAAGAAAGGCCCAGUGUGUGGCCACAUGGGACCGAUGACCCUCUCUUCUCCAGAAGAGUCUCCUUGAGAAAAGUGGUGCGGUUCUCUUUGACCCCCAAAGAAAAAACAAGCACUUAUUUUUAUUUUCAGAACACGACAGAGCCAAGAUGCCGACCUGCCACAGGUGCUGUGCCUCCAGGCUGUCUUGGUGCUCUGGGAGAGGGCUGGGGGCGGGGGUUGGGCAGCCUUUCUCUUUCUGAUAGUGCCCUUGCCCUUCUGUCUGUCGCCCUGCAGGAUCCCCGAGGGCCAGACAGGCUUAGCUAGGCCAAAGCAACAGACUUGGGAGUGAUUGUAACACCAUUGACCUUGCUCAUUGGUUCAAAAGUAAGAAAAUCUGGCUGCACUAGAAAAAAAAGUCCUAUUCUCCUUUAGAUAAACAAGAGACAUUUUAAUAAUUGCUUCCUAGCAAUCAGCUUUUAUUUGCCUUAAUAUUAGCUUUUAAGCAGUUAUCUAACUAGUGUUCACCUCCCUGUAACCGUAGUUCCAAAUCUUCAGCUUAGACUGCCAUCUGACACGUCUGAGAUGUUUUCAGCAAAAAUGGGCUUUUCGAAUCGUCUCAUUCCAACAUGGCUUAUUUUGUAGGGGUGUUUAUCAGCACAAAUUUCAUGUUGGCUUUCAGUUUUUAAACUAACUACAAAUCCAGAAAAAAAGCUCUCUGAAAUUCACAAAGACAUCCUGUUGUGUAUAUGUGAGUGUGCGUGGGGGCGGGUGGUAGGGGUGUGUGUGCUUAUAGUAACUAUCUUUCAUUUUAAUCAGUUUCGUAUUGAUUGUUACCUGUGGGUCAUCGUGCUACAGUUUUAACUUGGACCCUUGACCAUGUCCAUUCCAAAAUUCAAUCAUCAGCUAACAGGUCACCUUCUCAAAGAGUCAUUGUGAGGCUGAAUUUUUCAGAAAGAUGUUUUUAAAAAGGGAAAUGGUUAAUAAGCUGUUUUAAAAGUGGGUUUUUUUUGUUGGGUUUUUGUUUUUUUUUUUUUUCAGUUUUACAAUUAAGAUAUUGUUUUCCUUUUCUUAUUUAGAUAAUUCUUUUAAUUCAAAUAAAGGUUCAUUUUGGAGCCAGGCAAACCACAUUAGCCAUGUAUUAAGUAUUUGCAUAUUUACCAUUGUUUUCCAAUUGAUUUCAGCAUAUUCUGUCCUCUUUUAGUCUUGUGUCUGAUUUUCUAGCAAACAGAAAUUUAGACAACUAAACUAUUAUGGCUUCCGUUGCUUACAGAAUGAUUUUCCUUUACUAAAGUUCUCAUCAUGAGGGCUAUUUUAAGCAUUGAAUGUGAUCAUUUACAACAGAAAAACUUUGAACACAAAGCCUUGAUCAAAAGUUCUGAAAUAUUUCAUCUAUUCACUAAAACAAAUGAUUUCCCUCAGGGAAAAAAAUAAGUAUUUUAUUAAUUAUAAAGCCAUCUUUAGCAUUUGCUUUAUAUACUUAGAUCCAUGUUUCUGAGGAAAAGGACAUUCUCAGGUGAUGUAUUUUUUCAUGCUUUGGUAUGCAUUUAAAAAAAUAAUAUACAUUCAAUAAUACUCACCUUCUAUAAGAUGCCAUGUAAAGAAGUGGAAUUCUAGAAUAAAACGCUGUAGCUGCCAAACUUCUCUUGAACUCUUGAAAACAGCCCGUUUUCGUCAUCUCUGGCUGUGACAUUCCUGUGCAUAGCUCGUUUGGAAAGUUGAGGCUGCAGGGUUCUUCCAAACACCACAUCACCACCGAAACAUAUUUCAAGGGCCGUGGGGGAGGCGGGCGCUGUCCAUCAGGCUCCUCAUCCUGCUCUGAGAGACCCUGCUCGUAGUUAAAGCUGAGCAAAACGACCACACAGAAGUCAUGUAAGAGAUAACAAAGGGGAAGGCGAACUCUCGCGUGAAUUUCCAGGUUUUCAUUUUCAGUGCAACAUUUUCAUCUAAGUGAAAGUGGCGCCAGAAAAGGAAGUUUUCUGAGCUUGAGCUUUGGAGAAUGGCAAACCACAUUUCUGUCACUCUUCUUUGGAAAUCAUUGCCUUUGCACAGAAAAAAAACUAAUUCAGGGACCAUGAGUGAUUUGGGGUGGGAAGAGCUUCCUAAUCUGAGGGGUCUGAGGUGGUUUUUUACUUUAUUGUGCUUUUUUGUUUUUAAACAAACAAAUUUGUAUCAUUCGUAUUUGUUUGGUCUUCUUUAGCUUUAAACUUUUAAUUUGAUCCUAGAAAAGCCUCCGUGUUUGUGUGUGGCAUUCGACUGUGGUGGUUCGGGGCCGCCUGUGGAUGUUGGAAGUGGGUGAUAGGCGUCAGCAAUAUCCCGUUUUAAUCGGUUGCACUUGGUACAGAAGGUUGAGAGAUGGUGAAAAUUGUUGUCUUCGGAAAGCACAAAAGAAACCUGGAAAGGCAGUUCAGCUCAGGUAGCUACACGUCCGUUGUGUAAAUUUUUACUUUGAAGCUGUCUAGAUGGAAGUGCAGCCAGCCCCAGCCACUAUUUACAUUCCCAGAUAACCAAGUAGCAGAUAGAUUUUCAUGGCCUUGCCUUAGUCAGAGGCCCUGUUCUCUGUCCUGAACCCACAUGUGGGUGAAAUUGGAAAUUACUAGUCUAUUGGAAGUCAGUUCUGACAUAGCAAAGUUUGCUUUCCUAACUGCAGCAAGAGAACUCAAUUCGCCAAGUCAGUGCUGCAUGUGUGUACUGUAUUAUUUUCAGAAAAAAAUAAAUAUAGUAGUCUGCGUCCAAGUUAUCUUGAUUUUAAAUUGAUAGAGAAAACAAACUGUCAAGCAAGUUAUAUAACAACUAACAACAUUGCACUUUCUGUAUAUGAAAUCAAUAUUUAAAUAACUUAUUUUUCUCCAUUGCUGAUCUUAAACAUUGUAAGUAGCUGUAAUAUACCAGUACCAAUCUGUUCUUGCAAUUGCUUCAGCCCAAGAAAGCUGUGUAUUGUUUUAAAAAUUGUAAAAAUUAUUGUGAUGAUUCAUUUAGCAAAGAGAAAGGACAGAGGGUUUUCCUAUGUAUCAAAACUUGUCUAUAAUUAUGUCAUCUAUGUACCUAGAAAAAAAAAGUAAAUAAAUUUCUUCAAUUGAA